AUGAAUUUGUUAUCAAUCGAGGAUCUACUUCGAACUCUUCCCGAAUACUAUGUAGAAGAGAUAGUGAAUGGUAUUCCUUUUUCCACUGUAUGUGCUCUCGUUUCCAACGGAACAUCGCCGUACCAGAAGUUCUUUCUCAAUAGAGUCUUCCGAGAUGUUAUGGUUUUAGAGGCGAUGCCUGACGCUUCUCCAGUUUGUGAUAUAGAAUCUCUAUAUUUCGACUUUUUCUUCAAAGACUUUGACGAUAGAAGACAAAAUACAGUUUCAAUUGGUGGGUACGAUACCUUGGUUCAAUUUGUUGCCAGUUACCCAAAUAUUCGCCUUGGAAAGGUUGAAAUUCAAACUGACCACAACACGGAAGACAUUUUAAAUCUAUUGGAAGCAAAUAAUAUAACCAUAAAUAAAUCACCUCGACACGCUGGAAUCGAUAUUAGUUUCCCGGAAACCCUAUAUGGACUACAUCAUUUUGAAAUAAUACAAAACAUUCCAGAGAACCUACAGGAGCUUGUACUCCAACAUGUUAACUUUCAAAAUAUUGAUAUAUUGGAAUAUAUUAAAUCAUUACCUUCAAGACUAAAAAUUCUAGAAAUUGACUGUGUGUCCACAUCGAUAAAUCCAAGGCACCUAGAAUUGUUACCAAAGUCUUUACGAAAGCUUUGUUUGAGAAGUACUAGUUUAGAAGGGGAUGGAAUAAUCAAGACACACAUGCCACCGUUGUUAGAAUCUAUUGAACUACAUUUGCAGAAUGUUGGUGAUGUAUGUCUAGAUAUAUCUCAUUUGAAGAAAUUAAUAGAAGUCAAACUCCUGACUUGCCUUUUAUUCAAGUUACCGGAGCAGUUACAGAGGCUCUUCUUGGAGAAUUUAGACGGUUUCAAAGAUUUAAAUCGGCUAUGUGAACUAAAGAAAUUACGCUAUUUAUCAGUCACUGCGUUGUCAUCCAAUAUCCUUGAUGAAAUUGUUCUUCCCAAAUCCUUGCAAGAAUUAGAAGUCCAGAAUCCUUUUCAAGAAUACGAAUUACCAAUGAGUACUCUAAAUCUAAAAUUUGACAACCUCCAUGAAUCUGUAAGUUUCAAAGACCUUUCGCAUAUCACAAUGUCUGCAGCUGACUAUUCUAAAUUUGUACUGGGAUCAUUGGCCGAAAAAUUGACCUCUUUAACUAUACUCAAUCAGCAUAGUUUACCGAAAAAGUUUUGGACAGAUAUUGAAAAAUUAAAAGAGUUGAGGAAAUUAUCAAUAACUAAGUGUGAAGUUGAAUCAACUCCAAAGUACUUGCCACCCAAAUUAAUAAUUUUAGACCUUUCUCAAAAUAGGAUUUCCAGUAUUGCCAUUUCUGGAACGUUGAAGAAACUAGUUCUAGACAGAAACGAGUUCACCACUAUAUCCAAUGCUACCCUAGCGUUACCUUCUACUAUUUGCGAGUUGUCGCUACAGUCCAAUCGUAUAUCAUCACUAGAGGAAGGGUAUGCAUUUCCUAAGUGUCUUCAAUUAUUUGAUUUACUUGAUAAUGAACAUUGUCCAAUUGAAGACAUUCUUACAAACUUACCUCCCCGAAUAGUGCAAUUGAGGUUAUCCACUAAUAAGAAGAAAAGCUUUCCAAAUAAAACAAGCCCCAGUACUGCUGAAUUACAAUCUGCCACUAAAAACAAAUACUAUAGAAGAGAAAAGCCUUUACUUAAUGUAACAAGUAGUACUUUAUGGAAAGUCUAUCUAGGUGGAGUAAGAGAUCAUUAUUUGGACUCAGAGUUGGUGUGGACUGGUUGCCCGAAUUUGCAGUGCCUUGAAAUCAGAAGUAUUGAUUUGGGAAGUAUUCUGCUUAAGAAUUAUCCAUCUUCUUUGAAAAAAUUAGUGAUGCUCAACACUAACAUAAGUCAAGUAGAAGGGGAUUUCCUCACUUUACCGAGCUUGAUUGUUGCCAGCUUAGUGGAUAACCCAUUGGAGGAAUGGUUAGAGAAAAACAAAGACCACAUUCCCCUGAAUGUGAAGUUUAGUUAUUUCCAAGAUAUAUCAUCAUAUUGGUAA